AUGGUACCACAUUUGGAAAUUGAUUCUGUUAAAAAAUUAUAUGAUAUUAUCACUGCAUUAUUUUGUAAUGAGGAUUCCACAUUACAAAAAAAAGCAUAUAAGGCAUUAAAUAUAAUUGCCGAGAACGAUAAUAUAAAAAUUGUAAUAUCACAGAAUAUAGAUGAUUUACAAAAUAAAUUGAUAGAAUCUGCCAUGGUUUCUACUCUUGCUGCGAAAAAGAAUCGGUUGUUAGCAUUGACGAGCAUUAUUAAAUUAUUACCGAGAACAGAUCUUCAUAUGAUUCCAGAUGUUCUUUCUGAAGCCAUACUGAGUACAAAAGAGACCAAUGAAAAAGCUAGAAUUGCAGCAUAUGAAUUACUUAUUACGAUGGGAAAUAAGAUGAAAGAAGGCGGCACAAUAAUCAUGAGCAAAGUGGCCGAAGCUGAUCCAACAGCGCAAGAUGUAGAUGCUAGUAUUAAUGAAUUUGUGUUCAAAAUGGUCGUUGCGGGAUUAGCUGCAACUACCCCUCACAUGAUUAGCGCUACUAUUGCAUCAUUAUCGAGAUUACUUUUUGAAUUCAAGUUUGAUUUUGACCAAUCACUCCUCCAUCAACUCCUAGAUACCAUGGAUAACUUUGUGAAAUCUAAUAAUCGUGAAAUUGUUAAAUCAGCAUUAGGAUUUGUCAAAGUCAUAAUUGUUUCGCUUGACGUUGACUUUUUAGUUCCACAUUUACCACAAAUUAUAAUAGGGAUUCUUACAUGGUCUAAUGAGCAUAGAA